AAAGUGGGAAGAAACUACAAAGAAAGUGGGAAGAAACUAAGAAUAAAAAUAGAAGUUAAUGUCACAUUGGUAGAGAAACAAACACAGCUAAAUUAUUAGCACAAUAGAGUUUGAGAAGGACCCUAACAUAGAGAGCCUCACAGCAUUUUCUAAGGAAGUUCAUCUAUAUUAGCAGGUUCAUCUUUGUUGACUUUUCAAUGGCUUCUUCAGCUACUAGUUCUACUCCUUUACCUGAAACAGAACCACAAAUAGAAGACAUAAUAAUUGACAUUCCUAAAGAGAUCAAGGAUGCAAAGCAUGGUAUUUGUUGUAUUUACAAGGUACCUCCCAAUCUUAGAAAGUUGAAUAAUGGAGAAGCUUAUACACCAUAUUUGAUCUCAAUUGGGCCUUUUCAUCACACCAAAGAAAAUUCAAUGCAUACACAAAAACAAAGGUAUUUUCAUUACUUUUGGGAAAGAAUGACAAAUAAAAAGGCUUUGGUAAAAUAUAAAAAUUUCCUCAAAGUAAAAAUUGAAGUGAUAAAAAAUUUCUAUUUUGAGUUUGAUCAUACCAUCAAGGAUGAUGAGUUUGUGGACAUGAUCAUGUUAGAUUCUGUCUUCAUCUUAGAGCUAUUUUUGAGAAAAUCAAAGGAAUCUGAAAGGGAAAAGGAUUACAUGUUCACAACAUCAUGGAUUUACAAGGGUAUACAAAGAGAUUUGUUACUCCUUGAAAAUCAGCUUCCAUUUUAUGUCUUGGAACAAUUAUAUCAAAAGGUUUGCAAGGAUAAUAAUGAUCUAAGUUUUCUUGAACUUGCAUUUAACUACUUUGAAGAUUACAAUCCACAAAGGUCAAAGAAAGAUCAAAAUGAAGAGAUGAUCAAAUAUUGUAAAAAAUCAUGCAGACACUUCACUGAUUUGGUAAGAUGUUUCUAUCUUCCAAAAGAAGUGUAUGCCGACGAUUGGUCACCAUCGUUACAUUUCAAACACAUUAAUAGUGAAGAUAAAUGUGUCCUCAAGACGGCAUCAAGGUUGAACGAGGCAGGUGUUAGCUUUGAGAAAGUGCAUCACAAAAAGUUAUUAGAAAUAAAGUUUAACAAGGUUCAAGUUCUCAAUUGGUUUCUAUGCUUAGGUUGCUUACCAUGUUUCAAAUUUGUCAAAACAAAGUUGCAAAUUCCUCAAUUCAAAGUACACCAAACAACUGAAUGUGUUCUUAGGAACCUCAUUGCUUUGGAACAAUGUCAUUAUUCAAACCAACCUUUCAUAUGCAAUUAUGUUUCUCUAAUUGACUUUCUUAUCAACACUCAAGAAGAUGUGGAGUUGUUGGUUGAUAAGGAAAUCAUUGUUCAUGAACUUGGAAGUCAUGCAGAAUUGGCAACUAUGAUAAAUGGUCUUUGUAAGAAUGUUGUGGUAACAUGUAAUUAUUAUGGAAAAACCUCAAAGAAUUUGAAUGAUCAUUACUAUAACUAUUGGAAGCAUUAUAUGGGAAUGCUGAGAUCAGUUUAUUUUCGUGAUCCUUGGAGAUUCAGCUCAACUAUUGUUGGUGUUUUUAUCUUCUUAUUUGCUAUUGCCCAAUUUCUUCGUGUUACUGGUAUAUAUCACCCAAGAUACUACUAAAUUCUUGUAUUUCUUUUGUUGUAAUUUUCCACAUGUCUUCGUCUUGUUGUUCCCCUAAUAAUGAAAUUGUGUUGUUCACCUAAUAAUGAAGGUGUGUUCUCUUGUCUCAAUUGCAUUAAUUUAACCAUCACUAUUGGUUACUAAUUUGCUCUUAAAGAGAGUUGUGGUAACAUCUAUUGAAAAGAUAGUGAAAACUUCUUGGGUUGUUUAAUAUAAUUUCUUUUUCUUUCAAAA